GUACAUAAUCUGUGGCUCAGGAGUGGCUGCAGCGUGUUAAGCAUGGCGCUCUGCCAAGCAUUUUCGGAGCCCGGUUUUCUACCUUUCUGACGCGUUUGCAACAUGUAUUUGCUUUAAGAAUACAAUUUGAUGUCGCCAAAUCCAUCCUGAGUCUUCGCUUUUAUACGCAGCUUCGUAGUAAAAAGGUUCCCGACUGGUUCCAAUAACGGCUUCCAACCUUCUGAACAAAAUUAAAGGGAGAUCAUUUGUGAACAAAGUCCUGGCAAUUUUGCAAAAUGCUUCCUCUUUCGCACAAAGACCAGAGGAAUCUGGGGAGCCGGAUAAAGAAGAAGCUACUAGGAUGGAAACACCUAAUAUUUUCUGACAAAAACACCAGGAACUUGUUUCUAUUCCUGCUGCUGAAUCUGUCCUUUGCAUUUGUUGAAUUAUUGUAUGGAGUAUGGACAAACAGUUUGGGCUUGAUCUCAGAUAGCUUCCACAUGUUCUUUGAUUGCACAGGAUUGUUGUUUGGUUUAGCUGCAUCUGUUAUUACAAAGUGGAAGGCGAAUGAACGAUAUUCCUAUGGAUAUGUUAGAGCAGAGGUUUUGGGAGGCUUCGUUAAUGCUCUAUUAUUAUUCUUCAUUGCUCUGUUCAUCAUGUCAGAAGCUGUAGAAAGGUCUAUCGAACCGCCAGAGGUGAAACACGAGAGACUUCUCGUUGUAUCUGUUCUAGGACUAGUAGUUAAUUUAGUAGGAAUAUACGUAUUCCAUCAUGGACACGGGCAUGGUCAUGGAUCGGGUCAUGGCCAUUCUCACUCCCAUUCUCACGGUGGCCAUGGACACUCCCACUCGAACCACAGUCACAGCCAUGAUCACCACGACAUUGAAAUCGAUCCCUCCUUCAGUGGCACAAAUUCUCAGAUUAUGAAAGGAGUGUUCCUGCACAUCUUAGCAGAUACUUUGGGAUCCGUGGGCGUAAUUGUAUCGGCAGUGCUGAUGCGCCUGUUUGGCUGGUUCAUAGCUGAUCCAAUCUGCUCGAUGUUGAUUGCAGUAUUGAUAGUUUUAAGUGUACUUUCGCUGAUGAAAGACUCAUGGGAAAUAUUAAUGCAAAGGCAGCCGGCGGCACUGGAUCACGUUCUGCCGCAGUGUUACAACAAAGUGACCCAAUUGGCUGGAGUAUACAGUGUACAAGAACCGCAUUUCUGGACCUUGUGUUCGGACGUCUAUGUCGGGUGUUUGAAGUUGGAAGUGGCUAGAACAGUAGACCCCAAGUACGUCGUAGCGCACACACAGAUGAUAUUCCAAGCAGCUGGAGUAAGGCAUUUAACGGUCCAGCUGGACUCAGCACCUAUGUGAUCUAGGAAAGACGUUAAUGUCAUGAAGUGUUCUUACAAGUGCUCUAAGACUGUAUCUGUCUGCGGGGUCUGCCAAAAGCAAACCAGGAAUUUAGCCGUGCUGCAGAACAUCUCUGCCAUCCUAAAGCUAUGCAGACGCAUUGUUCUGAGCAACAGUAAAUAUCAACUCGGAUUACAAAUUGUUUAAAAAAUCGUCAGGAGACACAGGAUCCGAACAUACUAACGACUAUAUUUCAUUUACAACUCUCAUUCCUUCAUUUUUGCUACUGUACAUAUGUAGACAUUAAACAACUAUCCUUUGCCGAAUUAAAAAUCAAUCUUCGUUUACGGAAACUACGAUACUACAACACUCACUCACUGAAAGUCACAGAUUAACUUUUGUAUCUAUUCAUCGAAGCCUUUACAUAAGAUCGCAUUUAAAUCUUAAAAAGAGGAACUACUACUUGUGCGUAAUGUUAAUUAGGAUUUUUUACGAUCGCAGGGCUAACGUCAAACAGUGUUCUUAAUUUGCAUUAGGUUGUCGUCAUAAGUUUUUGUGUACAUCGUUAUUUAUAACGCGAAACUCGAGCGUUAUGUAGACAACUAGUCAUUACUAACGAAAGAAUGUGUGAAAUGUAUACUGUAUGUGUAUAUUAUAUUACAUAUAUACAGGGUGUCCCAAAAUUAUGGUACUUCCGGGAAAUGGAAAUUUCCUCAGCGAAAAUGCAAUUCGCGGCUGCGUUUACAAGUUACAAGCGAAAAACAGUGCCAGGCGAGAUCAGCUAGCGCAAGACGACUAAUCUUGCGUCAGACACCGAGCUGGCUUCUCAUUGGUCAGUG